AUGACCGGGGUGGUGGUGGGGCUGGAUUUGGAUAGGUCAAAAGUGGUGGACUUCAGUGACUUUCUCUACAUGGAUCAGGAGAGGCUCAUCUACAAGCGUCCUGUGGUGGAGAGUGACAUGGCGGGAUUCCUCAAGCCCUUUACUUUUACCUCAUGGGUGAUGGUGCUGGCGGCCCUGGUGGCGAUGGCUGGCGUGGUGCUGCUCACAAGCCAAGUCUCGCCUCAGCCCGUUCGUCCCUCCUCCAGGAGAGACGAUGAAGGUUCCAGGGAGCAAGAGACAGUCUGGAACACUCUGCUGGACGCUGGACUGUGGAGCGUGGCCGUGUCCUUGGCGCAGUCCUCCACUCUGGUGCCACGUGGGUUAAGGCAGCAGGCAGUGGUGGGCAUGUGGCUGCUAUUGGCUCUGAUCAUCUCCACGGUGUAUCGCUCUAACCUGAAGGCCAUGCUGAUCAAGCCGCGCCUCAUCCUGCCCUUUAGUAACCUGGAGGAGCUGGUGGAGACGAGGAUUCCCUGCUUCACUUUCCGCGGCACCCUCCUGCACCGGAAUAUUGAGGCGAGGGGCGUGGUCUUACCUGCUUCAAGAGGAGGAGGAAGAACAUGAAAAUAUCUCUUGAAAUUAGUCUU